CCCGGAUGUGACGUGCUGGUGUUUACAACGCACAGAGGCGUAGCUAGCCGGUGCAAGCUAACGAAGCUAAUUGAGUCAGUUUCUCAUUUUAAAUGCAAAUUCAUCGACAGAAUUUGGUCGUAGUUUCGAUGGGUGGUCACGGGGUUUUAGGGAACGAGCCUGAGUCUAUAGAUUAUUCGGUGCACGAAGCCUGGAAUGAGGCCACUAAUGUUUACCUGCUGGUGAUCCUGGUCAGCUUCGGCCUGCUCAUGUACGCCAGAAAAAACAAAAGGAAGAUCAUGCGUAUCUUCGCUCUGCCUCCCACCGCCGGCAGCAGCCCGGAGCCAAACUUCUAUGACAGCCUGCAGAAGGUUCGCCUGAGGCAGCAGCUGGAGAUGUACUCUCUGGCCAGGAAGUUUGAGCAGCAGCAGCAGCAGAGUCAGACAGAGAGUGUCCAGCUCUCCAUGGAAUAAGAACAACAGAUAAAUCACCACAAACACUCCCAUCAUCUCGACAUCCUCUGUACGUACACGGAUAAGAAAGGACUUGGUUCACCGUCAUGAUCAGAGGUUGUGUAGAAGGCGCUGCCCUCAUCCAUCCUAUGUGUCUUCAUUCAUCUUCUCAUCUGUUAGUGGUUGAGCAGCUGGAUGGAUGAAACCCAGCAGUGAAGUGCUGAACGUGGAGCUGCAGCAGAAGUCGUAUGGAUACAUUUUCAUUGUGGCACAAGGACAAAAAAUGUCCACUGUGAAGUACUUUAUAUAUAAGGAACAAGAUUCUUCAGCUUUAACAUAAACGCUAGAGGGUUUUGUUCCGUUUAUUUUUAAUUAUUUGUUAAAUAUGAGUAGAUAAAGUUAGUAAAUUAAAAUGUGAAAAUAAAGGCACAUAAACUCAAAGUGAAUAAGUCGAUCAGUGCAUCUUCUGGGUUUGUUUUGUUUGUCUUGGAGUGUUACGAUAAACUGUUAGUGACGUGACUUUAAAAAAAAAAAAAGAUAUUAAUGUAAUUAAGGAAAUAUCUAGUUGACACUCCAACGUAGGAGCGAUGGUGCUGCAUCUAAAAGUUGGUUGCCAAAUGGACAAAGGAAGAAGGUGCAUUAACUUCCAGCCAACUACAACCAGUUAACUUUUGGCCACAUUAAUCAUGUAGUGCAAAACUGUGGUCUGAAAAAGUUUAGGCGCCCCUUUGAGGCUGCAUAAUAAUUUAAUCUGACUUCACAGAAAAUGAUCACAGUGGCAAACCAUUCAUUUUCUAAUAAAAGCUUAGUACUGGGGUGUUUUCUAGACAAAGGUUUUUAGUGUAGCAAUAUCAAGUUGUAUGAAAUUAAAUAAGAUGUGAAAAGUAGGCUGUGCACCCUUGUCAUUUUGUUGAUUUGAAUACCUGUAACUACUUAGCACUGAUUAAUUGGAACACAGAAUUCGUUUGAUGAGCUCAUUAAGCCUCGUGUCGUCCUGUGGGUCAAAAUUGACCUGUUUUAAAGUUUGAAAAUGUGGGGGGAAAAAAUUUUCACAGUGAAAACUUUCAUGUUUUCAACAUUUUGGGGAAAUUUUUGAACAUUUUUUGGUGUGAAAAAGAUGCUAAAAAAAUGUUUAAGAACAUUUGGAAAAAGUUUUUUGUGAAUGUUCUUAAAUAAAAUAUUAGAAGUUUUACUGAUGUAUAUGUAAUCACUUUGGAUAUUUUUAGGAUUGUUUUGGAAGAUUUUUAUUCAUUUCUUGAAAAUAUUUACGUUUUUUAAUUUUUAAAAUUUUUUUUUCUUGCCAAAUUUUUUUUUUUUUAAACAGCACUUAAGGAUUUUUUGGAAUUUUCUUCCUGAAGAUUUUGCAAAUUUUUAUAAAUUUGGGGAAUUUUUUGCUGAGUUUUUGGAUUUUUUUCAGACAAGGGAACGGCUUUUUUGGGUGCCCGUAAUUGAAGACAACAGGAGGGUUAAGCCUUGAACUUCAGACAGGUGCCUCCAGUCAUGAGAAAAGGUAUUUAAGGUGGCCAUUUGCAAGUUGUUCUUCUCUUUGAAUCUCCUCUGAAUGGUGGCAGUGUGGGGGCCUCAAAAUGACUCCCAAAUGACCUGAAAACAAAGAUUGUUCAACAUUAUGGUUUAGGGGAAGGCUACAAAAAGCUAUCUUAGAGAUUUGAACAGUCGGUUUCCACUGUAAGGAAACGGAAGACCACAGGCACAGUUCUUGUUAAGGCCAGAGGUGGCAGGCCAAGAAAAAUAUUGGAGAGGCAAAGGAUGAUGAGAAUGGUCAAAGAGAACCCACAGACCAUCUCCAAAGAUCUGCAUCUGUCUAAUUUUGUUUUGAUGCAUAUUGCACAUUUUCUGUUAAUCCAAUAAACCUCAUUUCACGACUGAAA